UAUUAGAAAAAGACCCAAAAAUCAGAAAUGUCCCUAUCGGUCACCCUCGGACUGUGUCCGGUUACUACACUGCGCGGCGCAUGCGCGCGGCCUAGACGCGAACCUGCGACUCCAGGGCAGCUAGGGCGCCGCAUUCCUGUAGCAUGAGACGCCUACAGGCCGGCCCCUCCCGCCCCGCCGGGGUGCAUCACGCCCACUGCGCAGGCGCCAGUGCCGCAGCUCGCACCUCCGUCUCUCUCGCCUUUCCCCUCUCACCUCGAAGUAGACGUUCCACGAAGCUCUACAAAGGAUUAUCUCUACUCUGGCGAACAAAAAUGAAGAAAUCCAGAACUUUAUCGACACACUGAACCAUACAUUAAAAGGUGUUCAGGCUAAUUCUUCUAAUGUAAUUGCUGAGCUGGAUGAGGAAUUUGAUGGUCUGUAUGCUAUAUUGGAUGAGAUGAAGGAAAGUAUGACCAACAGUAUUAAACAAGAACAAGCUCAUAAAUCUCAAGAGCUACAGAAUCAACUUAGCCAAUGUAGUAAUGCCUUGGAGAAUUCUGAAGAACUUCUAGAAUUUGCUGCACGGUCACUGGACAUAAAGGACCCUGAGGAGUUCUCAAAGGCUGCCAGACAGAUCAAAGAUAGAGUCACAAUGGCUUCAGCAUUCCGCAUUUCUUUGAAACCAAAGGUCAGUGAUAACAUGACUCAUUUGAUGGUGGACUUCUCUCAGGAAAGGCAGAUGCUCCAGGCUUUAAAGUUUUUGCCAGUUCCCAAAGCUCCAGAGAUAGACCCAGUAGAGUGUUUGGUAGCUGACAAUGCUGUAACGAUAGUAUGGAGAAUGCCAGAAGAAGACAACAAAAUCGAUCAUUUUGUAUUGGAAUAUAGGAAAACUAAUUUUGAUGGGCUUCCUCGAGUAAAAGAUGAAACAUGCUGGGAGCUGAUAGACUAUAUCAAGGGCACUGAAUAUACAUUAUCUGGACUGAAGUUUGAUUCAAAAUAUAUGAACUUUCGGGUAAGAGCUUGCAACAAGGCUGUGGCAGGGGAAUACUCUGAUCCAGUAACUUUGGAGACUAAAGCACUUGUCUUCAAUUUGGACAAUACAUCAUCUCAUCUGAACCUGAAAGUUGAAGAUUCUUAUGUUGAGUGGGAUCCUACUGGAGGCAAAGGCCAAGAAAACAAAAUAAAAGGAAAAGAGAAUAAAGGCAGUGGCCAGAUUACCGUGCUGAAGAACAAUACAAGAAGUGGCACACCAUCUCCAAAGAGGACAUCUAUUAGUUCGAGGUCACCAUCGAUAAGGGGCAGCAGAGAUCGCUUUACUGGUGAAUCAUACACAGUGUUGGGAGACACUGCUAUUGAAAGUGGACAGCACUACUGGGAGGUCAGAGCCCAGAAGGACUGCAAAUCCUACAGUGUGGGAGUAGCGUAUAAAAAUCUGGGAAAAUUUGAUCAACUGGGAAAGACUAACACAAGCUGGUGUAUCCAUGUCAACAACUGGCUACAAACCACCUUUGCCGCAAAGCACAAUAAUAAGGCCAAAGCCCUAGACAUGACUGUUCCAGACAGAAUAGGAGUGUACUGUGACUUUGAUGGAGGUCAGCUCUCAUUUUAUAAUGCGAGUUCAAAGCAGUUGUUAUACACCUUCAAAACAAAAUUUACCCAACCAUUACUACCAGGUUUCAUGGUCUGGUGUGGUGGACUUGCAUUGAGUACCGGAUUGCAGGUGCCGAGUGCUGUGAAAAUGCUCCAGAAGAGUGAAAAUGGAUUAAGUGGUUCAGCUAGCAGCCUAACCAAUGUUACCCAAUAAUGUGUCUAUUUAGAUACUAUACUCCUGUUUCUGAGUGGGUUUUUCUGUGCAGCUGCUAUUCACAGGAGCUUGUGAGCAAUGGAUUAACUGGCUUUGCUACCCACUGCUGCUUUAAGUCUGGGCACCAAUAGUGCAAAGAUUCUGGUCUGAAGCAUUAGCAGAAAUUUACUGUGAAUCCAGAGAGCCAGACAGAAAGUGAGUCUGACUUUUUCUGAUGUUUUGGAUGGGGAAGUCAGGAGCUGUAGCUAUGCGCUUUUAUAUUAGACUGAAUUUGAUUGUAUUAGAUACUUGAUCAUUUCAGUAUAACUGCACAUGGCAGGUAUGAUCUUAGUUUGAAAAGCACUUACUGCUACUCACUUUUUUCACUCGUUUCCCUCACCUGAAAAGGAGUCCAUUUUGAGGUCCUAAAUGGAAGCUUUAAAUAUGUGACCCUCUGAAGAAACCGGUCCCUCAAAUUUCAGAUAUGGCAUGAUACAAGUUUGAGACUUGAGAUGUUCUCCUAGAGUAGCUAAUAUGAUUUUGACACAGGUUGGCUACCCUCUGGUAUUAGUUGAAUAAAUAGUCUAUCAUUUUGUGGUGGUCUUUAGUUGUUGUCUAGAUGGGCACAGUGCUGAGUAUCCUUUUAUAGGCUAUUCAGUUAGAACACGAGCUCAGUAAUCCUGCAUCACUUUAGUGAAAAUGAGGACUUCACAUCAAUUUUACACCAGUGUUUUCAGAGCAUUCCUGAUCUUUACUGUGUGAGCCCUCUGCUUAGAUUAUUGGGGAGAUAUGCAUAAUAGCACACUUUCCCCAAUAUUACCCUUAAUAAGCUUUCAGCUAUAUUUGAUAACUUUUUUAAGCAUCCGGCUUGGAGUACGGGUAGGCUUUAAAGUGCUUCCAUGCUUUCUAUAUUUAAGUGUCUUGUUUUUAAUAUGCAGUUUAAAUAAGAGUUUUUGUCCUGUUUCUACCAGAUUUAUAUAAUUUAAAACUUUCGAAUGAGUUUGAAGUGUGUAAACAUGCAAAGAUGCUGGUGGUGGUGGUGGUGAGGUGUUUUAAGACUUCAAGAAUGCAGCUAAAUAAAGCUGAGUAGACAGCCCAACACUCAUUCUGUGUUGCACUUAUGACAUUACAUUCAUUUUAAUGAAGAAAUAGUACCACUAAUUUCACUGAAUUACAUAGUAACCAUGCACAUACUGUAGCACAUCAGUUCAUCGUACUUAAUCUACUAUAUAUGCACUCUUGCUCCUUUCAAAAAGCAAGACAUGCAUAUCUAAAGUUAGACUGAGCAGCAUAUCACUUACUGCUCAACCCCACCUGUAUCACUUCUAACAUAAGUAGAUGGUGAGUAGUAAGAACUACUCACUAGCAAAACAUUGUCUAAAUAGAAUGAGACUACAAAACUGGAAAGCUACUAGGAGCUUAAAAAUACGAGCAUAACUUCAAUGGGUAGGACCAUCUUUGAAAGCUCUAGAUUUUUUUUUAGUUCUGAACCCCCUCAAGCUCUUACCUUUUUAAAUGCAGCCUCCCAUCUGAAAGGCUCCCCAAGCAACUCUUUCCUUACUGCCUGCGAUCUCCAGAAUGAAAUAAUUCUGGUUGUGCUGAUUAGAGAGAAUCGCUAAACAAUUCUGAGCUUCCUCUCACCCCUUUCAUGGGACUGAAUGUGACUUCUUUUUCCAGCGUCAGAGUUCUCCCCUGAAACAGGACAGAGCAUUAAACUGUUAUUAGACCACUGCACCAGCCUCCCUCCUCUUAUCAUUUUAAUGAUUUGUACUCCUCUGUAAAGACUGCUAAUCUAAAUUGUUGGUUUUUUUUGUAAAAUCUGUUCAUGGUUCUUAUGCUGCUUUGGGAGAGACAUAUGCUGCACUCAGUGUUUUUAACAAACAAUAGAAUCACU